AUGGCGACUAAACGAAAGGCAGCUGAAGAUGCCAGAGCCGCGAUAGCAGAACAGGCAGCCCAGCGCAAGCGUGCAAAGUCAUCUGCGACAGCAAAGACGUCUACCGGCCAAGGUGCCGUCGAGACGGGCGUUACUCAGGAUAGCGUGGAAAAGAAGAUUCCGGACUCGAGUCGCGAUGAAGUUGCGACGGCCAAUGCAGCUGGCUUGCAGCAUGCAGAGGAUGAAGACCGAUCUAAGGUCUCUGUUGGAAGCGGUCCAGGCCUCGUAAAAGCUGUGCGCGGAGGUAGCAGCAGCAAGGCCAGCCAGACACAGAAUACCCUUUCAGAGGCAGAAAACAUCUCAACCCCUCGUGGGAAGACCUCAGGAACGCAGGGUAAAGAUCGGAAUGCAAGCACAUCGGCCAAGUCAGCGCCUGUCGACAAGCGCUCAAACAAGAAGCCACAGAUCGAGCAAGGUAUUGCAAAGUCACCUCUUGACACUAGCAACAAGGUCGCCCAGUCUGAUUCAAGUGAGGGAGAAGAGUUGCAGGCGGUGCGCAAGACACGUGGCAAAGGCACACGAGCAUCACUGAAAGCACAGAUGACCCCCGAGUCCGGAAAUGAAGGUACGAAGCAUGCGCCGAGUAAGGCAGAGAAACGAGUCAAGGCCCGAAACGAAGACAAGCAUGUGACAAAGCCUGGUAGAAAAGACAAGAUGCGUGCGGUGACAGUUAUCUGGUCAGGGCGGCCACAGCGCAGAAUUGUCUACACCAGUGUCAGUUUCCGGGCAUCGAACGACACUGAUGCUAAGACGUACCGUUCGACCAAUUUGCAGGCGUUCUGUUUCAAGCACAGCCGCCGCAUGGAACCACCGAAGCGUGUGGACUGGACCUCACCGGUUGAGAGCACUGCCAGCGAUGGAGUUUUCCGACCUGUCAAGAAGACAAUUCAGCCUGUCAGUCCCAGUACGUUCCGCACUAUCACGGCGCCACCAAGACCGAAGGAAAUGGCCAAAGAUGAAGCCUGGUACGCACAAGAAUUGGCCGCUUUUGAAAAGGUCAAUCAAAAGCCUCACGACGAUGCGCAGGAGAUGCAGCAAGAAUACCACCAACAAACACGCAAUGCUGAUGCCGCAUUCGUGAAGGCCAUUGUCUAG